AUGCGAUUAAUUGUGAGCGGAAAUCCCAUCAGGGCUCUACAAACGGCAUCAUUUCGACCUUUAUCCUUUUUAACAUCGCUUGAAUUAAGCAAUUGUCAAAUCGAAUCCAUCGAAGAUGGUACUUUUUUAGGUUUGGACAAUCUCGAAUGGUUGAAACUCGAUGGUAAUCGUUUGAAUUUCAUACGAGGUGAAAACAUACUUCCGGAUGCCGUUCACGGAGUCGCUUUGGAUAGAAAUCCUUGGCAGUGCGAUUGCCGUCUCCUCGAAGUACACAACUGGUUAUUAAAUUACAAAAUAAUACAUUCGACCGAGCCUAAAUGCGCUGCGAAAAUGGACGCGGGAUGGAUUCGAUAUCAGAAAAUCCUGGAGAAAUUUUUCGUCGUCUGCUACGAAACACGUUAA